GAGACCGUAUGCCUGAGACCCAGGAGGGUCAGAUCACCAUGGAGAAGACCCCCAGCUACUACGUCACUAAAGACGUCCCCGCCCGUAUCCACACCAUGUCCCCAGACACCAGGCUGAUUGUGGUGGUCCGAGAUCCCGUCACCAGGGCCAUCUCAGACUACACUCAGACCCGCUCCAAGAAGCCUGACAUCCCCUCCUUCGAGAGCCUCGCCUUCAAGAACAGGACUACGGGUCUCAUCGAUACGUCCUGGAGCGCCGUCCAGAUCGGGAUGUAUGCCAAGCACCUAGAACGCUGGCUGCAGUACUUCCCCAAGGACCAGCUCCUCUUCAUCAGCGGGGAGAGGUUGAUCUCCGACCCGGCRGGGGAGAUGACACGCGUACAGGACUUCCUGGGCCUCCGGAGGGUGGUCGGUCACAAACACUUUCACUUCAACCCAGCCAAGGGCUUCCCCUGUCUGAAGAGGCCGGAGGGGAAUAGUAAGCCUCACUGUCUGGGGAAGACCAAAGGAAGGACUCAUCCUAAUAUUGACUCUGAGGUGGUACAGAGGCUGAGGGAGUUUUAUCAACCUUUCAACAGGAGGUUUUAUCAGAUGACGGGACAUGACUUUGGAUGGGGUUCAUGGAGCUGAGCGACAGAGACAUUAAAUUAAUCCGAAAUGGCACCCUAUUCCCUAUGUAGCGCACUACCCUGGUCAAUAGUAGUAUACUAUAAUAUAGGACAA